GAGAAGCGGAAGUGAAUAGAGCGUGAACGUGUUUUUUCUAUCGACGGGAGGGUAGAGAGAGAGGGCGACUGGCGUAAGAUCAGGGGCACGGUCAUUGUAUUUCUAUGGAAACGCCGCGUUGACUGACAGAUGUGAGUGGAGGAAAAGGUGGCGGCGUAUUUGGAUGCGUUGCGCGCACGAGCCUCGGGUUGCCAGCUUUACCGCUCCGUGUCAAGAUCGCGCGAACAAACGUGCGCGAUAUAUACGAAGUUACUUAGCUCUGAAUCGUUGUGCAUCCGCAAAAGUGAAUCCCCAAAGAGUGAAGAUGCCACUGGCACAACUAGUUGACCCUUGGCGGAAGAUGGCAAUUGGCAGCGCGGCGAGCGAGACGGAGCCCCAUCAUGUCUUGGAGGACUCCAUGGGAGAAGAUGAAAACCUAUCGUGUCAAGAAGAAGUAGCUGUUAAAGAGAUCAGCAUCACACAUCUUGUUAAAGAGGGCUCAGAAAAGGCCGACCCACAACAGUUUGAGCUCCGUAAGGUGCUUGGACAAGGCUCCUUCGGAAAGGUAUUUUUGGUGAAGAAAACAACAGGACCUGAUGAUGGACAGCUGUAUGCAAUGAAAGUACUAAAGAAGGCCACCCUGAAAGUGCGGGAUCGGGUCAGAACUAAGAUGGAAAGAGACAUUCUUGUGGAGGUUAACCAUCCCUUUAUCGUCAAGCUACACUAUGCAUUCCAGACUGAAGGAAAGCUGUAUCUGAUACUGGACUUUUUAAGAGGAGGGGAUCUUUUCACCCGCCUGUCAAAAGAGGUGAUGUUUACAGAAGAGGAUGUGAAGUUUUAUUUGGCUGAACUGGCUUUGGCUUUGGACCAUCUGCAUGGACUCGGCAUCAUCUACAGAGAUCUGAAACCAGAGAACAUACUCCUGGAUGAGGAAGGCCACAUAAAGCUGACAGAUUUUGGACUCAGUAAGGAGUCGAUUGAUCAUGAAAACAAAGCAUACUCUUUCUGCGGGACGGUAGAGUAUAUGGCCCCGGAGGUGGUGAACCGGAGAGGACAUACAUAUAGCGCUGACUGGUGGUCUUAUGGUGUGCUUAUGUUUGAAAUGCUAACAGGAACGCUGCCAUUCCAAGGAAAAGACCGCAAGGAAACCAUGACCAUGAUACUAAAGGCUAAGCUUGGAAUGCCUCAGUUUUUGAGUUCAGAAGCUCAGAGUCUCCUCAGGAGCCUUUUCAAACGAAAUCCUUCUAAUAGAUUAGGUGCGGGUCCAGAUGGAGUCGAAGAAAUAAAGCGACAUCCCUUUUAUGCUAAUAUUGAUUGGAAUAAAUUAUUUAGAAGAGAGUUGCAUCCACCUUUUAAACCAGCCUCUGGCAGACCAGAUGACACAUUCUACUUUGACCCAGAAUUCACAGCCAAAACUCCCAAAGACUCACCAGGUGUACCACCCAGUGCCAAUGCUAAUCAACUCUUUAGAGGUUUUAGUUUUGUGGCUAUAACCCCAGAAGAAGAGAGUCAGCCCCUGCAGAGUAACAGCAUGACUUCUAUAGUUCAGCAGCUACACAGAAACGUGAAUCAGUUCAGUGAUGCGUACGAGGUAAAGGAGGAUAUCGGAGUCGGCUCGUAUUCGAUCUGCAAACGUUGCAUACAGAAGAGCACAGGCAUGGAGUAUGCAGUGAAGAUAAUCAAUAAAGCCAAAAGGGAUCCAACGGAUGAGGUGGAAAUUCUGUUACGAUAUGGACAGCAUCCAAAUAUAAUCACACUGAAAGACGUUUACGAUGAUGGGCGCUCAGUCUAUCUGGUGACGGAGCUCCUGAAGGGCGGUGAGCUACUGGAUAAGAUUCUCAGACAGAAAUUCUUCUCUGAAAGGGAAGCAAGCGCUGUGCUUUACACCAUCACAAAAACUGUGGAAUACCUGCACGCUCAAGGGGUGGUUCAUAGAGAUCUGAAGCCUAGUAACAUUCUUUACGUCGAUGAAUCUGGUAAUCCAGAGUCUAUCCGAAUCUGUGACUUCGGCUUCGCCAAGCAGCUGAGAGCUGAAAACGGUCUCCUGAUGACACCCUGUUACACUGCUAACUUUGUGGCCCCAGAGGUGCUGAAGAAGCAGGGUUAUGAUGCUGCGUGUGACAUCUGGAGUCUAGGUGUUCUUCUGUACACAAUGUUAACUGGGUUUACUCCGUUUGCGAACGGCCCAGAGGACACACCUGAGGAGAUUCUGGCUCGGAUAGGCAGUGGGAAGUUUUGUCUUACAGGGGGUUACUGGAAUUCGGUUUCACCUGAGGCUAAGGACUUGGUGUCUAGCAUGUUGCACGUAGAUCCUCAUCAGAGACUCACGGCUGCGCAGGUGUUAAGACAUCCAUGGAUUGUUCACAAAGAGCACCUCCCCAAAUACCAGCUCAAUAGACAUGACGCCCCCCAUUUGGUUAAGGGGGCGAUGGCUGCUACCUACUCUGCCUUGAAUAUGAAUAUUCCUCCAGUGCUCGAACCCGUGGGUUGCUCUAUUCUUGCUCAGCGCAGAGGGGUGAAGAAAAUGACCUCCACUGCUUUAUGAUCCCAUGACCUUUAGCUUGGUUUAAGCACAGACUAAACUCGGUUUGCUGGCUGCCCACCUUGCGUCAAGGCCUCGGCGCCAAGCGUUGAUACUGAGGACCCCUGGUGGACAAUCGAAAUCUUCCUUCUCUACAUCGGCCAAUGAAAUGUUGAACAUCGGUACAAUCAUUGCUGCCUCCAAACGCAAACAUCUGAAAAAUCAGGGGAAUUCUGUGGACUUUAUCUGAGCAGCAAACACUUUUAAGUAUACAGUGUGAUAUAUAAAUCUGUAAACAUGCUGUAUCUUAAAAAAUAUAUAUAUAUAUAUAUAUAAAGCUAGGAAGUUUAUGUUUUAUGAUUUUAGGCAGUAAAGUUAUGACAUCAUAAAGUCCAUCUGCACUUUUUUUGUGCGCACAUAGUCAAAUAAAGCUCCAGUUGUAUGGGGGUGUUAUAUAAAGUAUACAUUCUGUGAUUUCAGGUCAACACUGAAUAUUCAAUUUUUAUCCUGUCCUAAUCUUUUGCACUUCUAUCUUAUUUAAACUCUGGAAAGCCACUGACAUCAUACGCUGAUGUAAUAUUUCAUAAGCUGAAGUUCCACUAACCCGUACUAGCUUUGAUGUAUCCCAGCACACUUUAUUUUCAUAGUCAUUCUUAACUGGGACCCGUCUGGGAAACUCAAACGAGACUAUAAGAGCAGCCGCUGAUGUCUGAAUGGUUGUAUGAUAGCUGCUUGCGUUAGCUCAACAUACUUUUUACACAUCACGUGAAAAGAGGUCCAAAGCACAACAAUGCAACGGAGACCCAUAUAUAAGCAGCACAGAAUGUCAAAUGGAGAACUCAGGUGAAAUGCAAUACAAAAAAAUAAGCUGGGAUGAAAAUGUAUACAGCUGUAUCGCCUCACCUAACACCUGCUGACCUGUGUAUUUGUUGUAUGUAGAGAAGUAUUGAAUUGCUCAGAGAUAUAUGUAGUGACUUUAUCAAGUGACUACUAAGAGACUUGACAUAUUUUUUUAUAAAUGUGCAUGGGCAAGAUGCUAUAUUAGCUAGUAGCGCUUUGGAAGUGGAUAUGUCAUGAGCAUGAUUGAGGAUGUUUUCUCUUUUUUUUUAACCACUUCUAAUUCCUUACAGGUUUGCAAUUAUUGUUCAAAUUUGUUGCAUUGUUGUACAUUUUUAUUUUCAUUUCUGUUGUCUCGGACGAGUGCUGGAAAAAUGUUGCUGUCCAUGUAAGCAAGCUGCUAUCCUGUUCUUUCCUUUUUGUACAGGUAGAAAAUAAAGGAUUGCCAUUUUUAAUAAAA